AUAUUUUUCACUGCGAUAAUUUCGAAGUUUUUUCCACAAAUACGACUAUUUCUGGUGGAUGAUCAAGCCAUUCACCAGUAGUUACAUAUCUCCUAUUAGUGAGUGCGUUGGUUGUAGUGCGCAAGGACUCUCCAGACUUAUGGUCGCUCUUUUCUUCUUCGUCAUCACGGUUGCGGCGGCUGCUCCCCAAAAAGCUGUUAGGGUAGCAGGUGGUCCUUCAAAAGAUGCUGUGAUCCUUCGUUAUGAUAGUGACAACAUUGGAGUCGGACCAUAUGCUUUUGCUGUGGAAACUAGUGAUGGUCUAGUGAAAGAAGAAAGGGGUGAACUAGUCGAUGCAGGAACUAAUGAACCAUCCAGCGUAGUCCAAGGAAAAUACAGCUACCCAGGGCCUGACGGUGUCCUUUAUGAAGUAGUCUACAUUGCCGACAAAGAUGGGUUCAGGGCUCAAGGUGCUCAUCUGCCCUCUGCUGCAUAAUUCAUAAAAAAUCUGUAUAUAUUCAAGACUGAAUAAAUUAUUCAAACACUUUUAA